AUUAAUAAUAUUGAUAAAGAUGAUGAUAAUUAUAUAUAUGAUUUCAAUUCAUAUAAUAAUAAAGAUGUUCUUUCCUUAUUAAAAACGUUGCUAAUCAUAAUAAAUAUUUUAAUUAAACGAAAUGUGAGUUUUAUUAAUUUCUAUUCUUGGAUAUUUUUUAAAGAUAUUUCUAUAAAAAAAAAUCAGCUUGAACAACAAAAUAAAGAUCCCGGUACUCUAAUGAUAUAUCCAGGACACAAAACAUUCGUGUAUAAUAAUAAUAAUAAUAAUAAUAAUAAUAAUAACAGGAAGAAGAAGAAGAAGAAGCAGAAAAAUGUUGUGCGUUAUGUAAGUUCAUCUAGUGAUAAGGAUGAAAGUAGUGUAUAUAAUAUUUCUGUGGAUGAAGAAAAUUCUUUAAAAACACAAGGAAGGUUUUUUGAUGAUACAUAUUAUUAUUUA